GCCAGAGACAGAUGGGAGAGGCGGUGGGGCUGUGGCUGGAGGGCCACAGAGUGAGCACAGCCUUCCAGUUAUGGGUCAGAGUUCACCAGAACCAGAAAGACGCCUCACGGCUGAGCUCAGCUCACCUCGUUCGCAGGUUCUUUCAAGGCUGGCGUGAGGUCGUGAAGGAGGGCGUGUUCACAUGGAGGAGCACAGAGAACAAAGUGUGUACAUCACUGAUCCAGUCAGCAUUCAGACUCUGGAGGAGGCGUGCUGCUUCCCAUAAGGCCUCUCAGGACCUGGCUCAGAGAGUGACAGACAGGAAGAGGAGGAGCCUGCUGAUGUCAUCACUCCACGCCUGGCAUCAGGAGGUCCAGUCCUGCAGGAGACGUUCUCUCCUCCUAUCAGAGAAGUACUAUGCAUGCUGGGUGGAGAGGGCGACGGCUCGACGCAACAAGAGAAGGAGUCUCUUGGAGUGGAUACUGAGGGAGUAUAUAAGGAGGUGGAGGCUGGAAGCUGUUCUGAGGAGGGUGCAGAGGAGACACACCCAGGAUCUGUGGGACAACUGGAGAGACCAGACUGCUGCUACACUUCUGCUUAGGACCCUGUAUACAGACAGAUUGCAGCAGGGGGCCUGGCUUACCUGGAGGAAGCGACGCAUCAGAACCCGGGUGUCUAAAGACCUCGCCACGCGCUUCAACAGAUCACUGGCCGCUCAGGUUUUCCUCGCAUGGAGAAGACGUGCCCUUUGUUCAGUGACCAAUGGUUGACACGUCAGCCAGGCAUGGUCUCGUAGGCUACAGCUGACUGAGCUAUGCAACUGUCCGCAUGGCCCUUACCCGCUCACCCCACCCUUAGGGUAUAAAGGGUCACACGGAUAGCUCCCUGACUGGGGCCUCCCUUCACCGGUGAUUGAUGUGAGCCAGCUGCAGGACAGCUGGGAAUCUGAGAGCACUGGGCACCCAGCUCUGCAGACAAGGGGCUUUAGCAAGCACCACGACUGUUCAUUCAGGUUCUGUGGGGAAGUGUUGUUGAUUUUAUUGAAAGAAUUUAGCUUUAAAAUGCAAUUUUGUUGUAAUUCAUAAUGUAAUGCAACGUAAUAAUUAUAUAAAACUUUUAUUAUAAU